AUGGCGGCAACGAAGAGCAAGGCAGUUUACAACGUUUACCGAGCGCUGAGCCAUGGUCUCUCACCAUUGCUGUACCUUCACCUACACUGGCGCAAACUCCGAGGCCUCGAGCAUCCACUCCGCUGGCCUGAGCGUUUGGGCCGACCUUCCCUUCCUCGUCCCCCGGGGCAGCUCCUCUGGUUCCACGCCGUUUCAUUAGGUGAAGGAAUGGCUGCCAUUCCUGUAAUCAAACAAUGCAUUCAGCGAAGGCCUGAUUUGACCAUCUUGAUGACCACUACGACGUCGUCCGCAUUUGAAGUAAUAGAGAAACGUCUUCCAACUGGUGUCAUACAUCAGUUUGCGCCUGUUGAUACACCUUCUGCUAUGGACUCAUUCCUCGGUCACUGGAAGCCAAAUGCGAUUGUGAUUAUGGAGAGUGAACUGUGGCCAAAUUUAAUUAUGGGUGCUUCAGAAAAGGGUAUCACACUGGCAUUGUUAAAUGCUCGAGUAUCUACUAAAUCCUUUAAACGUUGGUCAGGACCAUUGCUUCUGCCACUUGUUUCAUUGAUGCUAUCAAAGUUUUCUUUGAUUGUCCCAUUGAGCAAUAUGCAGGCUAUCCACUUUCAGCUACUGCAUGCUCCCCCCUUUGUGAUCAACUUUUCUGGUGACUUGAAAUAUGUGGUUGAAGAAUUUGACAUUUCUGAGGGAGAGAUCAGAAGUAUAGAAGAUCUAAAAGUACAUCUUGGCCAUCGGAAAGUUUGGAUGGCUUCAUCCAUACAUAAGGGGGAAGAAGAAGUAAUACUAGGCAUUCACAAAGUGCUCAUGCAACAGUACCCAGAUGUGUUAACUAUUAUUGUUCCUCGACAUCCGCAGCAUGGAAAAGAGAUUGCUCAACAAUUAUGGAAAGAAGGGCAUGGUGUAGCUCUGAGGUCUCGACAUGAUAAACUUGUAGGAGACACAAAUUUAUACGUGGUGGACACAUUAGGUGAAUUGAAACACUUGUAUGGGUUAACUCCAGUAGCUGUAAUUGGAGGUUCUUUUUUUCCUACUCUUUCUGGUCACAACAUAUCAGAAGCUGCUGCAGCUGGCUGUGCUGUUUUGACGGGUCCUUAUGUUGGGCAUUUUUCACGCAUGGUGCUGGAAAUGCAACGGUUAAAUCCUCUAUCAGUUCUGCAGGUUUCUGGAAAAAUAGAACUUGAAGACGCUCUUAAAAAGUUGUUUAGUGAUGCCAAAAUUCUAGAAGCACAUCGUACAGCUGCAAAACAAGUGUAUCAUUCUCUGUCAACUGGUAUUGUUGGCAAGGUUUGGAGUCUUCUAGAUUUUCAGAUUCUCCAACGGGCUUUAAGCUAA